UGAGAGUGAGCUAAAGCGAAGUCCACUCGCAGUUGCCUCGCCUCUUCACUUCGACUGUACUCUCUCUCUCUGUUCCUCUCCUUCCCCCUCCCCCGCUCUCUCUUUCUCUCUCAGUCGAAAUUCUCAAAUGUGCAAAAUCAAAAACCCUAAGUCCACACUUCCUCACACGGUUUUUCUGUGAGUGCUGAUUUUGGGAGAUGAACAAAGAACACCCACCGGAGCCGCUUGAUUUCUUUAUUUGGACUGUGGAGGAUGUUGGUUUGUGGUUGGAAGGAAUAAACCUUGGAAGCUACCGCCAAAUUUUCAAAGAAAAUGGUGUUAAUGGAGAAUACUUGGAGGGCAUGUCAAUGUUCACAACUGAACAGAUUCUUCGGUUUAUAAGGCGGUGCCAUAUGAAAUGGGGAGACUUCAUCACACUGUGCAAGGAACUCAGGCGAAUUAAAGUGGCUUGCCUGAAAGGAGAGCAAAAGGUUCGUCGGCCCUGGUGGGCUCCAUCUUGCCUCUCAAUAGUCUUUGUGAAGGUGGCUAAGCGCAACAGACAGUCACGAGUCGUCUCCUUGAAGCUGGAACCAUGAUGAAACCUCAGCUUGAAUGUGUACUCAUAUAUAUAUAUAAUGUUGUUUUUAUUCUUAGAGAACAGAAAAAGAAAGUAGGAAAGAACUCUUUUUGUCCUGAAUCUGGAAAGGUGUUGCUGCUGGUUCUUCUAUGGAGAACUCUUAUAUGAAUCCCUUUUAUAUAAUUUAUUCCUGUUGGUGUUGUAGUUGUA